AUGUCGGAACUUCCCGUUGCUGUACAGCAGACCUUGCUGGGCCCUACUUCCACCCAGCAGACCGUAUCGGGAAUUGAGAUCCCUGUACUAGGAUAUGGUGUUUAUGAAAUACCGGAUAAUUUAACGGAAGAUGUGACAAGCAGAGCUCUAAAAGCGGGAUAUCGCCAUAUCGAUUCCGCCGCGUAUUAUGCAAAUGAGAAGCAAUGCGUAUCUGCAAUCAAAAAGACUGGAUUAGAGCGCUCUGACGUCUUCUUGACGACGAAAAUUAUGCCAGAACUCGUUGGCGAGGGUGGUGGAUAUGAAGCCGGCAGGGCGGCAAUUCAGCAAAGUCUAAUUGAUGCCCAAACAAGUUACUUUGACUUAAUCCUGAUUCAUGCCCCAAGUGGAGGAAAGGAAGGCCGUCUCGGUGCAUGGCGUGCACUUGUGGAAGCACAAAAAGUGGGGGAAGCUCGUUCAAUUGGUGUAUCCAACUUCGGUAUUCAUCACUUGGAAGAGUUAGAAGAAUACAUUCAGAACGGGGGCGGAGGUCGGAUCGAAGUCGGUCAGUACGAAUUACAUCCCUGGCUAGGACGAUCAGAUCUGGUGGAGUGGUUGCGCGACCGAGGCGCAGUGAUUGAAGCCUUCUCCCCGCUUUGCCGAGGAACUCGAAUGGAUGAGCCUGUUCUGCUCUCUUUGAGUGAGAAACACAAAAAGAAUCCAGCCCAGAUUCUGAUUCGCUGGAGUCUUCAGAUGGGAUUUAUUCCACUACCAAAAUCCUGCACUCCCAAGCGGAUCCUCGAGAAUGCAGAUGUAUUCGAUUUUGAGCUAGGUGAUGAUGACAUGGAGCUUCUACAUACUGAUGAAUAUUUACCAUGUUCUUCUGAUUGGGACCCCACUGUUGAGCGAGACUGA